AUGUUAAAUGUGUUACAUUUAUUACAAAACUCAUAUUCACCUCCACCGCUGUACUUUUCGUCGUUUUCUUAUAGAAAUUAUACACCAUCAUCUGUAAUUGAAGAUCUCACUCGAUACAAAUCAACCCAAACCCCAAUUCAGAAAAAUCAAAUUCAUCGAGGUUUGUGCAAGAAAACGAUGGUCGGAGCAGAAAUCGAGGGAUCGACCUCGACAAACAAUGCUUACGUGAAUGGUUUAGUCCAAAUCAACAACGGGUCUCUAGAGGAAAAACUCGACGAGCUUCGUAACGUAUUGGGUAAAACAGACGAUGAUCCUUUAAGAAUCGUGAGCGUUGGAGCUGGUGCUUGGAGCGGUGUGUUUGCAGCAAUGUUACAAGAUGGUUAUGGUCAUCUUUGA